GAUACGCGUGUUUAUUUUCACUCUCUUUUUUUUUGUUGUUGUUGUUGUCAAUGUUGACAAGCCUUAUCAUUUCAACACCUCUUGCGAAUGAAGAUAUUCGUUAAGGUCUGCUUUUCGAUGGUAAUACAUUAAAUUCGUCGUUGAUAGCAGAAGAAAUAAUAUAAAUCUGCAAAAUGGGGAUGAACAUGCUUGCUGCUAAGAAGGUCAAGCUUCAUGGCAUGAAGGAUGAGAGGUGGACAGCAAAGGAUCACCUCUCGCAGUACAAAGGGUUGACCAAAUUAUUCCAAAGAGAUAGGAAAAUAAUUGACUAUGAUAAAUUGCUGGCAAAGAAGAAGCACGUCAAAGAGUUGCUGCAGCUGCAAAAGGACAUCAACCAGAACAGAUCGGAUUUGGAGAAUGCGAUGACUGGCGAUCGGCAGCGAAUUCGUAAUAUUUUAGCAGAAGACAGAAAACUGCAAUUGGCUUAUCAAGAGCUCCACAUCAAUAACAUUAUAAAUCACAUUUAUCAAGACAACUUCUCGAAACGGAAGUAUCUGGACGUGUUGAAGUACAAACUGAAACUGAAGAUGGAAGAGUUGAUCAAAUUCCGGUUGGAGGAAGGUGAUUUGGAAAACAGGAUCAAGUACGAGGUGAGCGACAAGAUUCCCAUCGAGGUUCAAGUGGGAAUCGUCACGGGAAAAGUUCAAGAUAUGAUCCUGAAAAAGGAAGCUGCGAUUACAGUGAGGAACACGUACAGAAUAUUGGUGGAUAUCAUGAAGCAGGAUGCUAUAUACUACGACGCAGUGCUGAAUAGUUUGCAGGAAGAUGGCAGAGCUCAAGGGAAGUGCAUUUACCAGACCACGAUUCUCGGCCAAUUGGCUACAGAAUACUUGGACGACAGACGCACUGAAUUCCAAACUCUGCAGGAAACCGUUAAGAAAGACUUGCACCACAGGAAUAAGAAAUUGCACGAUGUCAGGGAACAGGUGGAAGACACCACUAAAAGUCUGAGGGGAUUGGUUAGAAGGGACAGCGAUUUAACUGUGACUACGCUUCCUCCAUCUACGAGUUUCACAGAUCUGCAGAAGAGUAUAGGAGAGAUUGAAGUCGUGCUCAGCUCGCUCCAAGAUAUGACGAUGGUGUCAAAUUUCGAUUGCAUAUUUCCUUGUAUGGAGGAACAGGCUAGACAAAGGGAUCGUUUGAAGCAGCUGGUGUUAAAGAAUGAGGAUGACAAGAAUACAUUAUUGAAACGCAAGAAUCACGCAGAAUUAAUUGCGACCGAUUUAACGAACACCAUGAACGAUUCUACGAUGGAAUAUAAGGACCGAAAGAAGGUUCUCGCUACGGAAAUUUCAACCGUCAGAUUGAAGAAAACCGAAAUUGAUGAGAACAUCCAGAAGCGAGGUGGUCUCCUUCUGAAUAUCAGAAAGGUGCUGCAGCAAAUGAAAGAGAUGACAGACAAAAUAGGUAGUGAUGUAAAGAAAAUGAAAACCGUCGACAUCAACGAUGCGCUGCACAAAUCGUUAUCUACGCCGAACGUUCUAGUGCCACAAAUCGAAGAAGAUGGACAUAAAUUAAUCAAAAUCAUCGAAAACAAAGUCUCGAUACUCAUGAGGGCCGCACCGGAGAGCGAGAAGUUCAAUCCGCAGGAUGCGCAAGAGGCGUACAAUAAAUUGAUCAUCAGAACGUGCAGAUUGCUGGAGUUCUCGCAACAGGCAGUAGAAGCUGAUUUCUUCGAGGGAUUAUCGUUUGAAGAUAAUCUGAUCCCAACGAACGAAUUCAUUAAAGCCCAGAGCAAGGAAAUAGUCGCAUCCGCUGCCCGAACAGAAAUUGUGUAAAUUUUCAAUUAAUCACAGAGAUAAUAAAAUUAAUUUCUAUUGUAUGAUAAUACUUUAGUUGAU